UGACGACCUUUUCCCUCCCUUAUCGACCUUGUUCACUCCCUGGAGAUCGUCACGUCUUGGCGACGAGACUUUUCACCCGUGACGACGGGUGCGAGCUCAACAGGCUGGGACCUAUUGAGAGCCAAUUGAAGCAUCACUACACCCCGAUCACUCAAGAUCGCUGAUCGAUAUCCACUGCAGCAUACCUCAACAUAGAGGCGUGUGUAGCACCUCAAAAUGCCAUUUCGCAGGAAGAACGCUCCUGCCGCUCAAAAUGACGAUGAAGAAGCAAAGGAUUUCGCGCGGAUUCUUUCGCGUUCAAAGUCUCAGGCUUUGAUCAGACAACCGCCUGCCAGCAUCUCUCCAUUACCUCCUCUCCGUCCGGCCUCCCCUCUCUUUCACAAGCAGGUCGACGGAUUCAUCACUCUGAACGAUCGGCCGGUGGUCGCCCCAAAACCACGACAGAAUCAUCAUCGUCGCUCGAGAUCCUUUUCCUCUCUCUCCCCAUCCAAGAUCAGCGUUCACGGUAUCCGAACACCUGAACCGUUCCCCAGUAUUGUCGCUGAUCGAGAUACAUCCUCAACUCUGUUUGACCAUCCUGUCAACCAGCCUUGGCGAAGUCAUGCCACUUGGAAAGCUCUUCAUUCACCGACGAUCAAGCCUUCCCCCCCGCCCAAGUCUCGUCGCCCUUAUGGAGACAGCGGCUGGAGAGGGAACGGCACGGGGGGAUUCUUUGCGGGCGGUAACACUGCCUUCCCCAAGCAAGCGACGGAUGAUUCAGGCAGAAUGACAUCUCGACCAACCGUCUUGGGGACUCCCGAGGCGGAAAUCCGAUUCAACUCUUUCGAGAUGGCGCCUGCGAUUCCACGCCGUCAGAGCAGCCUCCGAUCAUCAAGCCGAAGUUAUUCGCCUCUCUCCACUGUUUCUCCAACUCUAUCCUUCAACAAGUACGAUUCACCCGGAUCUUUCCACUCUGAAUCUGGUUCGUCCAACAGAGAUCCGGUUACUCCCGCUGUUUUAGCGUCGCGCCGGUCAUCCGAGCAUACCAUCACCUCUGAAGAGACGUGUCAGUCUCAGAUUGACACGCCAACCCUCGAUCGUCAUCAUCAGCCUUUCGAGAUACCCACAAUUGUCAAAGCACCCUCAACGCCCGUCCGAUCUGCCACGGAGCCCUCCUACCACGACCACCAUCAUCAGCACUAUCGUCAAGAGAGCGAUGGAGAAUCCUGUACUCUUUUACCUCCAUUGACACCUCGAUCCAUCCUCAAGCCUUCGUCGAGGUCCUUCUCCUUUGCCAAUGUCAAGUCUGCAGCGGACGACCAGAUGAGAGGUACGUUGCCUAUACCUUGGGGUAGACGUGGCACAUGUCCGAUCAUCACGCCGAGUGCUUCUCCCAUCCCCUCUCUUUCGGGUCAGAAUGACUCGACCGCUUCGACAACGGCACGACUUCGCUCACGAGCACCUCAACGACCUCUGCCUCGUCCACCUCCCGAUAACGUUCCUGAUAGUCCAGAGAACGAUAUCGUCCGCACAGAGCCUGUAGUCAUGGACUUCGAGGCCAGUUCCAGCAGACUCCGAGCGGCCAUGGACCAGAGAGCUAUGUACGAACCGGCGAUUUGCACUUCCGGGUUCUAUGGUCAAUGGACAUCGAGAUUCCGGGAUAGGAGUGGCAGCAAUGUGACGCAAAAGAGUUGCGACAGUGGCAUCUCUGAGCCAUCGCUUCGGGUCGUCACGCCUCGACAGGACAGUACAGAGUUUGCAUGUCUCGGCCAACCGAACCCAGCCAGGCGACAAAAUGGUGAUGGCGAACUUGCAAGUGGAGGUUUGUCGCCUAACAAGAGAGCAGGGAUCAUAGUAUUACCUGGAGUUGAAGGACCAGAUUUCGGAGCGAGAUCGCCAACUGAAUUUGGCGUUCGACUCAUUAAUCCUUCGCAUAGCUUGAGAAGCAUGAGUAGCAUCAAGAGUGUAGAGAGGGGAGGGUGGUUGUGAAGCAUAUGGUUGGCAUUUUUAUUUUGGACAUACAUCGAUAUGACGGGGGCGGCGCAUUCUUCUGCAUCAAACAUUGAGAUAUCAUCCGUGAUGACCAUACAUGCAUGGCGCCGAGCCAUUGCUCAUGCUUGAAGUGAAUACAAGGUUCGACGAUGACGCCUUACUGAUAC